CAUACAUUUUAAGCCGGGCCUGGCAGCGGCUAUAUGGCUCCAGAGUACGCGAUAGAUGGCGUGUGCUCCGUUAAAGCUGAUGUGUUCAGCUUUGGAGUGCUGCUUCUUGAAAUGGUCAGCGGAAUAAACGCAAGAGAGUUCUAUUGGAAAAAUGACUAUAAAAGUUUCGUAGGCUUCAUGUGGAACCUAUGGCUUCAAGGCAAAGUGCUAGAUAUCGUAGACCCAUAUUUCACAUCAUCAUCAUCAUCAUCUUCGUAUCAACCAGAAGAAGCUCUCAGGUGCAUUCAAAUUGGCCUCUUGUGUGUUCAAGCCCACCGCGAGGACAGGCCCCCCAUGGCUUCUAUUAUAUUGAUGCUUGGGAGUCAAAACGAGUUAAUCAGUCUUCCUAAACCGCCUGCUGAUUUAUUGCUAUUACAAGAUCCACAAGGUGAAUCUUUCACGGCAAGUGUAGCGACGGCGUAGAUUGUCGUGCCCAUACGCAUACAUAUAUAUAUAUAUAUAUAUUUUUUUUUUCUAUAUACUGUAUAUAGUGAUGAUUUCAUAUUAUUUUCUUUGUAUGCAAUAUAUUUAGA